AUGUCACCACAUCACGACGCACCUUCGCCGGCGAAUAGCUUCACUCAAACUGCCGGCUUCCAUCAAUCAAUCUACACCAUGGACCCCUACAACGACUUCGAAACCAGUUCCGUUGAAUCUGGUGAUGUGGGCCUCAGGCGAUCGCUUGUACCUGGCAUAUACGUCCCCACAGUAGCAUUCUUCGAGCCGUCAUCAGACAAUGUAGACGUCAAGACAACUGCCAACCACGCCGUUCGUUUGGCGAAAGCAGGUGUUGCCGGCAUCACCACUCAAGGGUCCAAUGGCGAGGCCGUUCAUCUGUCCCACAAGGAACGCAACCUGAUCACUAGCACCACUCGCAAAGCAUUGGACGAUGCUGGUUUUGGCUACAUGCCUGUAAUCGUUGGAUGUGGCGCUCAAUCGACCCGAGAAUGUAUCGAGCUUUGCGAAGAAGCCGCUUCCGCCGGCGGAGACUACACUCUCGUGCUCCCACCUGCGUAUUACCAAGGCUUAUUUUCCAAGGAUACUGUCAAGGACUUCUUCCGAGAUGUAGCCACAGCCUCCCCAAUCCCAAUCCUCAUCUACAACUACCCCGGUGCCGUUUCCGGCAUGGAUAUCAAUUCGGAUACCAUCAUCGAGUUGGCUCAGCAUCCGAAUAUUGUUGGUUGCAAGUUAACCUGCGGCAACACUGGUAAACUCAACCGUGUCGCUGCCGCCACUCGAGCGGCAACUGUUUCUGAUCCCGGAUCUGGCUUCAUGUGCAUGGGUGGCUCUGUCGAUUUCACCCUACAGACGCUCGUUGGCGGCGGAUCUGGUGUCAUUGGCGGCAUGGCCAACAUUGCGCCCAAGGCCUGCGUUAAGCUUGUCGAGCUGUUCGAGUCCGGUCAUUUGACGGAAGCGCGCAGGCUCCAGGCCAUUGUAGCUCGCGGCGACUGGGCCGCAAUCCAAGGCGGAAUCAUCGGUACUAAGGCUGGCCUCAUGUCACACUACGGUUAUGGCGGCUAUGCCCGCAAGCCCCUUCCUAGGCCAUCCAAGGAAGACGUUCACAAGUGGCGUGAUGCGUUCGAAGAGGUCGUCAAGGUCGAGAACUCUCUAUGA